UGGAAGAGCGAACGGGUCAUCGUAUCCCGUCAAGGUCCCCACCUCCGCUUGGCGGGCGGCGGAGCCGGGAUCCUCAACUUCUGUGCCAAUAACUACCUGGGGCUCUCCAGCCACCCCGAGGUGAUCCGUGCGGCCGUGGAGGCCCUCGAGAAAUUCGGCGCUGGGCUCAGCUCCGUCCGCUUCAUCUGUGGUACCCAGAGCAUACACAAAGACCUGGAGGAGAAGAUUGCAUGUUUCCACCAGCGGGAAGACGCCAUCCUCUAUGCCAGCUGCUUUGAUGCCAACGCCGGUAUUUUUGAGGCCCUGCUGACCCCGGAGGAUGCGGUGCUGUCGGAUGAGCUGAACCAUGCCUCCAUCAUCGAUGGGAUCCGCCUGUGCAAGGCUAACAAGUACCGCUACAAGCACAUGGACAUGCAGGACCUGGAGGCCAAGCUGCAGGAUGCACAGAAACAUCGUCUGCGGCUGGUGGCCACUGACGGUGCCUUCUCCAUGGACGGUGACAUCGCACCCCUGAAGGAGAUCUGCCAGCUGGCCCAGAAGUAUGAUGCCCUGGUCUUCAUUGACGAAUGCCACGCUACAGGCUUCCUGGGACCCAAUGGCCGGGGUACCGAUGAGCUCCUGGGAGUUAUGGACAAAGUCACCAUCAUCAACUCCACCCUGGGAAAAGCUCUUGGAGGAGCUGCAGGUGGGUACACAACUGGCCCCAAACCCCUCAUUGAUUUGCUCCGCCAGCGUUCCCGCCCGUACCUGUUCUCCAACAGCCUGCCCCCCGCCGUGGUGGGUUGUGCGUCCAAGGCCCUGGAUUUGCUCAUGGAGAGCAAUGCCAUUGCACAGUCCAUGGCUGCCAAGACCCAACGGUUCAGAAGCAAGAUGACGGCAGCUGGCUUUACCAUCUCGGGGAAGGACCACCCCAUCUGUCCUGUCAUGCUCGGGGACGCUCGGCUGGCUGCAGUGAUGGCUGAGGACAUGCUGAACAGAGGCAUUUAUGUCAUUGGCUUCAGCUACCCCGUGGUCCCCAAGGGAAAGGCCCGCAUCCGGGUCCAGAUCUCAGCCGUGCACAGUGAUGAGGACAUCGAUCGCUGUGUGGAAGCCUUCACCGAGGUGGGACGGAAACACGGAGCGCUGCCUUGAGGGGCCAGCAAACACCUCCUCUGGUGUCCUCCCUGCCCACGACCAAGUGCCUGUGCUGGGGGGAAAAGGCUUUAGCAGCACACUGCCAAAACCAGGACCAGUCCUCAAGGCAUCACAGCCUGUGGGAGGCUGUUGCAGCAUGCUGGCACUGGCACCAGUAACCAGCUCUUGUGUCAUUAAAGGUGUCCUGUAGUGCA